AGAGUUGUAUACUGCUAUCAUGAUCAAUGAAGGCUUUGAUUUUACAGAUUGAUAUUUGAGAGAUGACCUAUAUGGCUGAUUUUAUGAAAGUUGUUCCUAUAUUUGGAAGCUCUACUUUUGAUCUCAUCGCUUCUGGAAUUACUGCUACAAAACCAAACAUCCAUGGCUCGUUUUGUACAAAGUUCAGUUAAUAGAGCAGUUGCUUUCACUAAGGGUAACUGUACGAUAAUAUCUGCUUCUGAAAGAUUUCGCUGAGGAUGAAAAUCUACCAAGAAGCUGUUCUGACAGAAACUGUAGACAACACUCUUUUCUUUCUGUGACGGAACAGGAGCACGGUGAAAGUGAACUGAGGAUGAACCUGCCCAUCAGCUGAUGGUUGGACUCUCUUAGUUCACUACUGGUUCAAGAAAUCCUCGCACCAACGUGAUACGUGGUUAACUAGGCGAUAAUCAAAGAAAUAAUAAGAAAGCAUGGGAGAAACUAUCGAUAAUUUCGCUACUUUUCUCGUGAUCGGGGGCGCCAUCGCAUUAAUUUCGUGCGGAGUAACUAUCGCUAAACCUAAUCUUCACGGUGUUAAGUUUGAGCAGGGGACAUGUAGGAUCCUAUCAUCAUCUCAACGUCCAUUCUGGGACGAUCUGCCGACUUGUAGUUGUGGGAAAAACUGCAACGAAGAGUUUCCGUGUGUAACAGUUACAGCAGAGUUUCAGCACAAUAAAAGUUUGAUUUUGGAGAACUUGUCAGACUUUACCGGUACAAUCCAUGACAACCACAGGGCUCUCGACAAAGAGUGCCUGUACAUUCCAUCGUGUAGUAGUGAUUUUGAGGAAAACGCUAAUAACGUUUACAGUUACUUUUUAAAGAGCAUUGUCCCACUGGUGAACUAUGAUGUGAGAUACCCGUUUCUUCAAGGAUUCAAUUUAACUGAAGUAACCUACAAGAACACACCUACUUUUAGCUGUUGGGGAUAUGACGGUGCUAUCUAUGUUGAUCACGAAUACUCGAUGGAGAAAGUGUACAUGAGUCUGAGUAUUCCGGCUGGUUGCAUUCUCCUUGGAUUGGUUAUUUCAGUAAUUUUUGGGUCCAGUGAGCAUAGGAGCUGCUUCGUUGAAGUCAUAGGCCUACCAUUCGUUUUAAUUGCUGCAAUGUUCGCGGCAAUUAUCGACGUUUUUGGAUGUUGCCGAUGCCACAAACCAAACUGCCGAUGCUUUGGGAGAAAUUCCAGUGAAAACCGCAGUUCUAUACCAGGGACCCCAGAUUUUGGGGUCAGAGUAAGGAAUGAGGUUGAUCUGGAGGAUAUGUCAAGAAUUAGAAGAAGAUCAGUUUCACCGAGCAGAACUAUACCUCGUCGCUCAGCCUCACUCACAUCUGUCGGCUUGCCCUCAGCACCUCCUUACGCCACCUCAGGAACUAGCAAUCCUCAAGAAGUGAGCUACCCGUCAAGUUUAGCUCCUCCUAGUUAUAAUAAUGUGCGUCAUGCUGCUGGCGACUACCAACUAAACUUCUCAUCUCCAGUUUCUAUAAUUACAGGUCCACCAGAUGUCUCUCCGCACAGCAGUAACUUACCCCCACCGCCCUCAUACGACGAUGUCGUGGACUACUGACUUCUCACGGGCUAUUUGAUGUUUAAGUGGCCCGAAAGGCCCUGUUAGUUAUCGAGCAAGUAGACCCUCUUACUGUAAGAAGUUCCUGUUAACUCUAUUUUGAUUUUGGACUGUAAUCUUUUAAAAUGUAAGGAAUUUUGAGAAUGUAAAUUUAAGAAAUUUAUAUGAAGCACAGUAAAGAUAAUUGCAUUUAUUUUAGGCACUGAUUAAAUCAUUUAAUUUUAGAUGUCAGAGGUACGAUUCAAUACCUUAAAAUUCUAUAGAUAUCU